CCUCCGCCGCCGGGGAGGAGCCGCCAGCGCCGCCGGGCAGGCCGAGCCCAACCCCAGCAGCUCUUCCUCCUCCCGGCAACCGGCUCGCGGGAAGCAGCAGCAGCAGAAGAAGCGGCCGGACUCCUCUUCCUCCUUUCCGCCCGGCGCCUUUGCAGCAAGCGGGGUCGGGUAGGCUCGCCAGCAACCCCGAGGGCCCCCCCUCCCCGCCCCCCCCCCCCGUUUCCCGGCCCCCGCCUUGCAAGCAGCCCCUCCAGCUGCUGCUGCUGUUGCAAGCGGGGGGCUCCGCCGCCGGGGCUGCUGCUUUUUUGGGGUGGGGGUCCCCCCUCUUUUUUUUUUUUUGCAAAUCCCCCCCCCUCUUUUUGCAUCCUUUCCCUCCCGCUCCCCCACUCCUCUCCCCGGCCGGGAGAAGCGGGCGCGCGCUCCCGCUUUGCGCGCCCCCGGCGCCCGAGCCCGGCUGGCGGAGGAGCAGCUGCAGCCGGAGAUGCGAAGGGCGCGGAGCUGAUGGAGGCGCCCCGGCUGCGCCCCCCAAAAGAGCGGCGAAGGCGGGGGCGAAGGAGGAGGAGGAGGAGGAGGAGAAGGCGGCGCGGGGAGCUCUGCGGGCCGGGGACGGGGGCUGCUUGGACGGGGCCCCGCUCGGCCGCCCCCGCUGGGGGAGGAAGAGGAGGAGGAGGAAGAAGUGGAGGAGGAGGGAGGGGGCUGGAGACACGCGACCCUCGCCCGCUUCUCCGACGGCCAUGGAGCUCCGCAGCCUCGCCAACCCGGGGGCCUCGACGGUGCGGGAGGCGAGGCUGAGUCUGGAGCCCCUGGAGGCCGAGGGUCUCCCCCGGCGACCCCCGUCCCCGCCGCCUCUGCCCGGUCCGGAGCUGCCGAGGUUCCGCUUGGCAGGGAGCCCCGUCGGGGGAAGCAGCUCCGCCAGCAGCGCCGUCGCCGCCGGGAUGCUGCCGGACGCGACGCCGCCUCCGUCCCUGGAGCAGGUGCUGCGCGGGAUGGCCGAGCGGGGUCCCCGCCGAGCCUCUUCUUCCCCCUCCUCCUCCUCCUCUUCCGUCGGAGGUUGCCUGCCCGGUCCGGGGGCUCGGGGACCCGACGGUCCAAUCAGGUGCGAGGAAAGCGACUCAGGUGCGGGAGAUCGCCUGCAAGACGCCGCCGGGCCGAUCCAGGAGCCGGAGGAAAGGGAGCCCUGGAGCUGUUUAGCAGAACCUCCCCUUGCUCCGGAUUUACGGCUGGAGGCAGCAACGACCCCAGGAGAGUUGGACGAGGCGGAGGAGCCUUUCUGCCCCAUUUCGGGGACCCCCCCAGGGUCGUUCCUGGAUCUCGCAGCCCCUCCGGAAAAGGAAUCCUACAGCGCUGAGCUCUUGCUGGAUUGCUCCUGGACGGAGGAGAUGGAGGACUGCACGGACUCUCACCCUGGCCGGGGUGCCCCCUUGUUGAGGCCCUUAAUGGUGACCCCCCCAAGUACAUUGCUCCCUCCUCUCCGGUCUUCCAACGACCUUGCUCCCCACUUACCUUUGGGGCAGCAGGCCCAACACCUGGAGGAAGAGCUACCUGGCUGUUUGGAAGAUGCUCCUCAGCUCCAAACCGUCUUCCGAGCUCUGGACCAGGACGAUGAUGGAUUUGUCCGGAUAGAGGAGUUUGUGCAGUUUGCCACUGUCUACGGAGCGGAGCAGGUGAAGGAUUUGAUCAAGUUCUUGGACCCUAUUGGGCUUGGUGUGAUCAGCUUUGAAGACUUCUGCCGGGGGAUUUCUGCAAUCAGAAACGGAGAUCCAGACAGUCAGCUCUGCCCCUUGGGAUACAGUCCUGAUGAGACGCCUCCUGCAUGCGCUGAUGAAUUUGAUGACUUCGUUGCAUACGAGGCCAAUGAGGUGACCGACAGUGCGUAUAUGGGCUCAGAGAGCACCUACAGCGAGUGCGAGACCUUCACGGAUGAGGACACCAGCACGCUGGUCCAUCAUGAGAUGCACGACGAAGUCGAGACAGACAGUGCUGUCGAUUCCACGGUGCAUUCGGAAAUCAUGGAGCCGGAGGAAACGGAGAAUGGAUCCCACCCUCAGGACUUGUCCUUGACCACCGAUGUCAACAGCCACUCUAUCGUCACUGUAAUCUGUGGAGAGGAGCAUUUUGAGGACUACGGAGAAGGGAACGAGGGGGACGUUUUCUCGGACAGCUUGUGCAAUGGAGAAAGUGGCUUCAGUAGCUCGUCUUUCCUUUCUCCCAGCCCGAAUAAGAGACUGUCCAGCAAAAAGGUAGCAAGACACCUGCAUCAGACGGGAAGCUUUUCGAUGGAUAACAUAGAACAACCUUUCCAGAAGAGCUCUGAGUGCCUGGAGGAGGACAUCACUGAUAAGGUGAUCUUCUUGGAGAAAAGAGUGACAGAGUUGGAAAAGGACACAGCAGCAAACGGGGAGCAGCAGAGCCGGUUAAAACAGGAAAACCUUCAGCUGGUGCACAGGGCAAAUGCCUUGGAAGAGCAGCUGAAAGAGCAAGAGAUGAAAUCAGAUGAAAUCCUUAUCGAUGAAAUCCGGAAACAGAGAGACCUGCUCAGCAGGAUGGAACGAGAAAAAAGCAUGGAGAUUGAAAACCUGCAAGCCCGGCUGCAUCAAUUGGACAAUGAAAACGGAGAACUUCGGUCCUGCGUCCCCUGCCUCAAGGCCAAUAUUGAGAGGCUAGAGGAGGAGAAGCAGAAGUUGUUGGACGAAAUUGAAGAUCUCACUGUCCAACUCACAGAAGAGCAGGAGAACAAGAGAAAGCUGGGGGAGAAGUUGAACCACGAGAGACAUCAGUUCCAGAAAGAUAAAGAGUCCAGGCAAGAGCUGAUUGAGGACCUCAGGAAACAGCUGGAACACCUGCAGGUCUUCAAGCUAGAAGCCGAGCAGCGGAGAGGCCGGAGCAGCAGCAUCGGCCUGCAGGAAUACAAUAGCCGGACGCGAGAGAAUGAACUGGAACAAGAGAUCAGACGGCUCAAGCAGGACAACCGAAACUUGAAGGAGCAGAACGAUGAGCUGAAUGGGCAGAUCAUAAACCUCAGUAUUCAAGGUGCCAAGAAUCUCUUCUCUGCUUCCUUCUCUGAAUCUCUGGCUGCGGAAAUCAGCCUGGUCUCCAGAGAUGAGCUGAUGGAGGCAAUCCAGAAGCAAGAAGAGAUCAACUUCCGACUCCAAGACUACAUUGACCGAAUCAUUGUGGCCAUCAUGGAAACCAACCCAUCCAUCCUGGAAGUCAAGUAGGAGACUUAAGAGUUGAGAGCAACAUAAACCGAUGUGUCAUGUGGGUGUGGCGGAUUGGCUACUUGGAAGAAAGAAAUACUGGCCAAGUCUUCACUCUAUGGAGAAGGCACAGGAAGCCUCAUGUUGGAGUGGUUGGGUGGCAGAUUGCAGUGAACUUGGGGUGGAGAAGAGAGAGAGAGAGAGAGGACCAGCCAUUAAGUAAGGCCGUCCUGAUUCUAAUGGGUUUUGGAACCCCCUGGCUUGUGGGAACAGGGCUGGGGGUGGCAAAAAGGAUUUGGAAAAAAGAAAGUCACAGAAACAAGGGGUGAGGGUGGGGGUGAACAUACACACCUGCCCUCUUUUGCAGGAAUGGAGCAGAAUCUGGGUGGCCCCUUGAAAUAGCCUUCUUGGAAACCACUCUUGUCCACAAGCAACAGAAGCAGGCUUGUGCUGCACGGGAGGUAGCUGGAUCCCUCGGCACCUGGAAGUUGUAGCACAGCAGUCAAAGGAAGACUCUCUCAGAUGCCUUCCUGGACCUGCCUUCCCUGCCUCUCUGGUUUAAUCAUCUCUCCUUGAUCAUCAGCCCUCCGAUCGCCCUCCUUUUUGAAGCUGCCUGGGUUGUUUGGCCAGUGGAAAGGAAAACUCCGUCUGGGGUCUGUGUCUCUUGCGCCGUUUCUCACAAGGCACAGCGUGUUUCGGAGCCCCUGUUUUUGGGGGGCUGUCUGCCUUAAAACUCAGGAGUUGCAGGUGCUCCAGGGAACGGAGCCUCUGCAGAAAGGUGGGCUGAUGUAAAAGAAAAAAAGAGAUCAAAACCAGGCAUAGUCUUCUGGGUGAUCGGGUGGGUGGCUGACCUGGUCAAUGAAGUUGGUUGUUCGGGGGCCAGCUGGCAAUGGCUGUGCUGAAGGAGGAGGAGGAGGAGGAGGAGGAAGCUCAGCUGAUGAUACUGAAUGUGGAAGCAGAGCUAAUCCUUUAUCCCUCUUUGCUGCAGUGGUUCCUUCCAUGCUUCAUCUCACACCCUUUUUCAUUUGGUGUUUUUCACUAGUUAAACCACUUUAAGGCAAGAAUGGCAACAGGUGUGUCGGUUCCAUAAUAAAAACAGGGAAGGAGGGAAGGGGAGACAUCACAGACCGAAAGGACUGAGUUGUUUUCUUUGCUGGCACCCAACACAGCACAUUGCUUAGAAGGACCUGUUCAAACUCUAGUAGAACAUUGAAUUAUUGGUUUGGCUUUGCAUCUAGUCCUUUGGGAAGGUGCUGAAACAGAUAUUGCAGAAAACUCCUCUGCUCUUCUCCCUUCUCCUUGGGUCGAAGUAGAUUUGUAUAUCGAUGGGAGUCUGAUAAACAAGCAAUUGGGGACAAGUCAACUUUCCCUCCAACAUAAAUUUUAGGGGAGAAGAUGAAUUUUGCCUGUACCUAGAAAGCAGGCUAUUUCCCCUGGAAAAAAAAGGAAAAAAAUUCAAUGUGUUUUAAAUCUGCCUUUUGAGAUGUGUGUUUUAAAAGAGGCUUGCUUCUUGGUGUUCUUUUUUUUUUUUUUUUUAAUGCCACUAUUUGGAAUUUGAAAGCAGCAUCUUAUACCUCUCACGAGCGAAUCCUGCUUCACUGAUGCUUUAUUUUAGAGAGAACCUUCAGGAACCCACAGAGGGUGAGGUUGUACAUUUCUACACAUGCCUUCUCUGUAUCUUCACCACUGUCCACCUCUCUAAGGCACGCACAGAACAGUUGUGCAACUUGGGCACACAAGGCAUGGGGCAACCAGACUAGUGUCUGUGUGACCCACAUAUGCAGAUCAUUUUCCUGGGGUGCAAGACAUUGCACUGAGAGUUGCUAUAUAUGCUCUUCCUCUCCUUUCUUUGAAAUCAUCAAGCCAUUCAAGCUUUUGAGUCCCUUCAUGUAUGGUGAAAGCGACAUGAUGCUAGUUUGAAAAUGCUAGUUCCAGGCUUUUGCUUUCUCACAUUGACCCAACUGUUGGGCCACUGGAAUACUUUGCAAUUCCUUGAACCAGGACACUGGAAUUAAAAAAACAACAGUAGAUUUCCCCUAUUAAUGGUUUUCAACUGGCUUGAACAUGGAGGUGAAAUGGUCAGAGAAACGCAGAAAUGUUGUUCCGCUGGAGAGUGAUUCUCAAACCCCAAACAUUCUUACAUACAUACUAAUGUCCUGUAUUCCUCUGUGCCCCAGAAAAAAAAAGUCUGCAGGAAGAAUCCACAUACUGUACAUUUCCAGAAGAAACUUUGGGUGUAAAUCAGUGUAUACUUGGGAAGAGAAAGAUUUUCUUUUUCUUUUUCUACCUUGUAGAGUUAGGUAUUUUUUAUAGAAUGGAGCCGAUCAAUUUUUAAUACUUCAGAGAGCAAUGUAUCUGUGGAAACACACAAAUCUAUAUAUAUAUAUGUAUGUAUUGUAUAAUGUACAAAUCUAUAAAUAAUAAAUACUAGCUGACUCUUGUCUAAUUAAAAGCUGUUACUAUCUCUGGCUGGA